AUGGUGGGUAUAUCCUACAGAGAUGUGCCUGUAUGUUCAGGUGCAAUAAUUAAAAUUUAUGUAGUGUUAACUGCAGCAAGUCCUAUGCGUUAUCACAAUAUAAAUCAUGGUCGUGUCACUGAUUCUUUAAAGGCCCACGUAAUUUACCGUGAGUGGGACAAAAGUGUUGCUAUUGAAGUUGAGAGCAAUUAUUUCCAAACAAAAUUCUUUAACCACUCAACAGAAGCAUUUGAAAAAAGUGGUAUAUACGCUCCAGUUCAUGACUUGGCUUGUUUGGCCCUAACAAGGCAGCUUCCGAUCGACGCUUCUGCUCUAAGCGUGCGUCAUCCGAUCCGCAAACAUAGAAGUAUAAAGGAGGUUUUUAAAUCAACCGGUGUGUUCACAAUCGUCGGUCACGGGUACGCUGACCGGCUGCAUGUGCAACAGAAUAUUCAGCUGGAAGCUGUGGAUUACCUGGUCGACGACGUGUUAGUGGACUGUGAUGAAUGGAUCCCAAGAUCCUGGGGAUAUUUUGUGUGUUUAUUAAACGUUGAUAACUUUGUUGGAAUAUCAUCCGGAGCUGCAUUACUGCAUAAUGGUGUUUUUGUUGCUGUCGGAAGUUUUUCCCUGACAAGAGGCAGUGAAACGAUUUUAUUAUUAACCGAUUUAAGGAAAUAUAAAUCUUUUCAUUUAUUUCGUGACGAAUACAACGGUACCCAGAAACAAACCAUGUGGUGA